AAUCUCCUGCCUCUGUCUGUGGUACUGAAGCUGUCUCUCUCCGUGCUGCUAAAACACAUCAGAACGGGGGGUCACGUCACAGAGGAGCUCUGUUCAAAUGAACCACGCUUCUGUUAUCUGGUCGACUUGCUGUAGCCGGAUUGAUUCGGGGCUUUUUCCACUCUCGACAGCAGUUUACUUUGCGGCAGCGCUGUAGGACAGCGAGGUGCAGUGCUCCAGUCCUCUGCCCGUGAGCGGAUUAGUCUGCGGGCUUAGAGUGCGGUCUACCGAGACUUUUAACUUUGCUGUGCUGCGCUUUAAAGGAAUGCUGAUUUUCUCGGCAGGUCACUUACUCUAACAGGAAGUAGGGCUUUUAUCAUUCAUAACGUUUUCGAUUUUUAUAAAUUUCCGGUUGGAUAUUUUCUUUCUGGAUCUGGAAGUUCGUUAAAAUGGUUACAACGGAUCGUGGAGCGAACUGAUAACCAGGAAUACAAAUUGCAUGCAGUGCUUGUCCCUGCUUGUUUCUAUGAUUUCGUGGAGCUGGAGCGCAGUCAUGGUUCCUGCCAAGUUACAGGUUACGGAAACUAUCUUUCUCGUAUUGCUUACUGGACGUUAUUGGUGUGCAUGUCGGCCAUAAUCCAUUAGUCCUAUUUUUUUUUUUUUUUUUUUUGUUCUGAGGUCUGAAACUGGACUGGAACUGAGGAUCUGUUUCCCACCAGACCUACAACAAUGUGUAAGCUAAUGUUACUACGCGCUCACGUCUCAGUCUGGGGGAAAUUGGGUGCAAAGACAGCUGAGGCCAUCUCCCUAAAUGCCCAAAGACAGCGGAAAUCAUCUCUCCAAAUGCGCAAAGACAAGUAAUAUCAUCUCUCUAGAUGCGCAGAGACAAGUAAUACCAUCUCCCUGGAUGCACAAAGACAAGUAGUAGCAUCUCUCCAAAUGUGUAAAGACAAGUAAUGCCAUCUCUCUAAAUGUGCAAAAGGACAACAGACUCCGUCUCCUUGGAUACGUGAAGACAACCGAAGGCCUCUGACCCUGAAUGCAUGUGGCAGGAUGGGCCCUUCGGUUCCGGCGACCUGCGUGCUGCUCCUCCUGGCCCUGAACGCCGCCGCCUCCCCGGCCUCCCUCAACGCCGAGGAUUAUCCCGCCGCCGCGGACGAGGCCGAGCGGGCGGAGGUGGCGGAGGAGGAGGCGGGCGGCGGCGGCGGCGGCAACGACGUCCUCUUCGACGACUACCGGGGCAAGGGGUGCGUGGACGACAGCGGCUUCGUGUACGCGCUCGGCGAGCGCUUCUUCCCGGGCCACUCCAGCUGCCCCUGCGUCUGCACCGGGGACGGCCCCGUGUGCGACCAGCCCGACUGCCCCAGGAUACACCCCAAGUGCACCAAGGUGGAGCACAACGGCUGCUGCCCCGAGUGCAAGGAGCUCAGGCGCCUGUGCGAGUACCGGGGGCAGACGUACAAGGUCCUGGAGGAGUUUAAGCCGUCUCCGUGUGAAUGGUGCCGGUGUGAGCCCAGUAAAGAGGUGCACUGCGUGGUGGCCGACUGCGCCGUGCCGGAGUGCGUCAACCCCGUGUACGAGCCGGAGCAGUGCUGCCCCGUCUGCAAGAACGGCCCGAACUGCUUUGCCGGUUCAACCAUCAUCCCGGCUGGUAUCGAGGUGAAGGUGGACGGCUGCACCAUCUGCCGAUGCCACAUGGGGGACUGGUGGAAACCGGCCCAGUGUCUACGCAGGGAGUGCCUCAACGGACACACGUCUCCAUAGCAAAGGGGCGGAGCUACAGCGUGACAUGGGCGGAGCUAAAAGCGCAGCAUGCCACGUGUGGGCGUGGCGGCUGGACGACAAUCCAGUGGAGAUCGGAGGCCGUUUUGAUCUGGGAUUGGCCGAAAGGAUGCAGCGACUGCAGCAACUUCAUGCCACAGCAUUGGUUUUAUUAACUUCGAUAACUUUUAUUAUUAUUACUACUACUUGUUUAUGCUGCUCAAACAGACAGAUUGUCUAGGACAUUUGUGUUUCAACACAAAGUGCUUGCAUUGUUUAAAAAAAAAAAAAAACAAUACGGUCUUCAACCAUCUGCCUAGACUGUGACCAUAAAGAGUAAUACAAAGAGUAAUAAAAGAACAAAGAAAAUGUACAAAGCAACAAGACAGGGUGAGUAAGGGCCAGGUUUAUGGAAUUAUGGGUAAACUAAAACUACUCACAUUCCAGUGUAGAGGGGCACUCACUUGUGCCCAAAAUAUGUGCCCAAAAUUUGUAUUUACCUGUGGGGGAUAUAGUCAGCAGCUCCCUACCCGUCAAAUUGGUAUUGUCAUGUCCUACCCAACCAGAGGCAAUUCUCCAACUCAAGCAGUGCAUUAAGAGGCAGCUUCUGUACUGGGCCAUAUCAGGCCUGCAGAACUCUUUCUGUCCACUAGAGGGUGGUGUACAUCUGUAGGCACAGGGCAAUAUCACCGAGACCAAACCCUGAGUGGGGUAAAGCAAUGUGCCUUCAAAGCCUUUGCUCUCAAGCUCUGAGUAAAGAGGAUAAGGAGGAAUAGAAGAAAGGAGAGCUGAAGAUAGGGAAAUAAUGGAAGGAAGAUGAAUGAAGCUGAAGGAAGAGGAGUGGCAGAACAUUAAGAAGAAUAAUGGUAAUUACAAAGAGGCAAAGGAACAUGCCUUCACAGCAUUGCGCCAGAAGACCCGGAUUACCCAUGGGAUUACCUCUGAAAUACAACCUGAAAAUCCCAUAUUUGCUGACACGCUAAUUCUUAAGAUUAUUUUAACUGCCUGUGUUUUUUUCUUUUUUUUUUAAGUAAAUAGCUUGAAUUCAAAGCAAUUGGAAGGUACAGUUUACUCUGUUUUCAUUUCAUUUGAUCAGGCAUUUGAUCUGAUGGAUAAGCGCUUUAAGCUUGCGGCAGACACAUUUGGCCAGAGCAAGAGAAAGAACAAGGGACAGUGUGUGUGCAGAGUCAGGACCCAUGCGUCACUUGGACCUCAAAGUACCACCCAGUCCAGCAAUCAUGCAUCAAGAAAGCCCACACAUCAGCAAGUCCUUGGACCUGUAACACCUGACAGCUGAAGAAAAGUUCUACUUUUCUAUUCACUUACUUUGCUGAACCUACACUCUGAACAGUUCACUGCCUGUGUACAAUUUUACAUUGUCCAUUUCUGUUGUGAAAGACUGACAGGUACUAUAAAAAU